UUUGGCAAGACGUGUUGAUCGUGUUGAGCAUAGUAUCGGAAACGUAGUUUCCAAAGUCGACUCUGUACUUUUAAAGUUAGAAGCCAUGGAUAAAGCUAAAAUUAAAAGACGUGAAACAAUGAGCAGACUUUUAGACAGCAUUUCUGAACAAGGGCUCAGCGAGUCGGAUAAGAAAAAGUACAAAGUCGAACCAACUUCAACUCUAUCAGUAGAUUUUAAUAAAGAGAGAAACAGUUCGGUGUCGAUCAAGAUGGAUCCUUAAUGAAACUUCCGAUGUUUUUAGAAAACUUCGGCUUUAAUCGAAUAAAAAACGUGCAUCGAA